UUCCUUGGCUCGUUCGCGAAUGCUUACGCUGGUUCGAGGUACUUGCAUCGCGAUCUGCUAAAUAUUGUCCAACGAUGACACGCAACUCGCCGACGAGGUCCGACAGAACUCCACCGAGCUCCUACAGCCGGACGAAACAUCUUGAGAUUGGCACCGUCAUACUGUCGACCACAGGCGGAUGACACCCUCCCAGCCUAGCGGGGCGAAGGAUACCGACAACUCAAGGCAUGGCGCCAGCCGUCGCCGGAGCAGUUCAAGGAGCCGCAGCCGAUCCAGAAGUCGUAGCCGGGACCAUCGCAGCAGCGCUAGGGGCAGUGGAAGUCAUCGGUCCCAUAAGCGUCGUGGCGACCGUAGUCGCAGCCGGGAGCGUUCCCACCGUCGAGACCGGAGCCGGGAGCGUUCGCGAAGCCACCGGAAGAGCCGUAGUCGCAGCGGAAGCCGGAGCCGGAGGGAAGUCCCAAAGAGGUCCUCGGCGGAGAGGUUGCAAGUGGAGAUCGGACCACCUGCCCCCCCAGCAAGCAGCAUGGCUGCAAGGGCUUUUCUGGCAGUCACAGCAUCGGCUGCGACAGUGUCCCAGCAGGCACCUACCAUGAGCGUGGGUGCUGCCACCCUUUCUUCAGCCUCGGCAAUGCCACCCGGCGUGUCGGCCGCUCUAGCAGCUGCCAGGGCGGCGGCUGUGCGCUCUGGCCUGAUGCCUCUUGAAGCACUCAAUGCCCCCCCGCCACAGAUUUCCAACUCGCUGCCCAGCUACUACAACCCAACAGCCGUGAAUGCAGUCAAGUACACGGAGCAGAUGCAGAAGCGAAAACUCCUGUGGAAGAAGCCCCAGCAGGAAGAAGUGGCUGCUGAAAGUGAAGCGCCCAAGCCGCAGCCCAACUCAACAUGUGCCAAGGUGUGGGAGAAGAUGACCUUUGCCCAGGACGACGACGGCAAGAUGACUGCCAAGUUUCGCAAGCUCAUGGGCAUCCGUGGCGAACCGCCGCCGCCCUCUGAUAAGCCAGACCCUGCUGUCAACCCCCUGCUGAAGCAGCAGGAGAAGCUGUUCCAUGACCUGGACCAGCAGUACGAAGCGGCGCGUGUCUCGACGCACACGCACCGUGGUGUCGGGCUUGGCUACAGUUCACAGAUGGCAGCCUUCUUUCAGCAGACCAACCUGAACAAUAAGUGAACAGUGAAGGCCCUGAAUGGAUGGCCGGCUUUGUAUAUACAGACAUUUCGAGGCAUUGCAUUUUUUAGUGGAAUGUUUGCAUCGUCCUGUGCAGUGCAUCCCCUGCGGAAAUUUCUUGUUGAAACAUCACUCCAACACCCCGUAACCCACCUUUCAGCCGACCAACCCCGAACGCUCAUUAGGAAUGGCCUACUUGGGCUAACAACAGACUCUUGAAGGGGAGGGGCUCCGGGCACAAGGCACCUGAUCACACUAACCUGAACGACAGGAGAAACAGAAGCCACGGAUGAACUGUGUUACGUGUACGUAUACCAACAGCGUUUUUCUUGUCAAGAGGGUAGGCCUCAACUGUUGGAGUACACGGAGUGACUUUCAGUAGGCUUGGUGUUGGCUGACGGAUAUCUUGGCAGGUAACAAGAGAGUAGUCGUGGCUUUAUUCACUACGUGGCAAAAUGCUGUUCUACCAUACAGAGGAGAGAUUGGGCGGGUCGCACUGAAGCAAGCAGCGUUUCAUGAUUGGCAUACAGUGGGACAUCUUGAAGUCCAUCAAGAUUCUGUUGCUGCAAGAGUUCCCCGACAUUUCGCUUUGGCACAGCAGACUACUCUGUGUGAGAUGCUAGCUUGGCAUGCAAUGAAGUGAGUCUUUUCGUGGGUUUCCCACUGUGCCUCACUUUACGCUGGCGUUACAUAACACUGCAUGACUGUUGCCCACAAAGUGUUGCAUUUUGCGUGUGUGUCAGGUUUUAGGCAAGCUAAUGGUCUUCAAAACAUACGAAGUGAGCUACACCAAUGGUAGAUAUGGCUAAGGGAGUGGUGUUUGUAUACCGUUGCAGGACUGUUUCAUGUCUGUGCAGUCAUGUUUGACAUUUUUCACUGAUUUUGAGAGAUUUGACCUAAGAAGCUUCACCAUUUGUUUGUAAGCAGCUGCCUUCAAUUAGAAAUGAAGAUCACUACCUUCCUCGGUUCAAAAUUUAAUGGCACUGGAACAUUAUAUAAAGUCCUGAAAGAUGCCUCGUGUCUAUCCCCUUAAAAAAAAUCAUGGUGGGGAUCUAAACUAUUGCUAUCGUUGAUUGUUUCCAUAACCUCAAGCAAAAUGUUGCAGCUGGUUCUCAAAUAGUAAGCACCAGUGUCCCGUAUAAAAGUAAGUUGAAACAGUUGAUCAGAAACACCUUAGUAAUCACUUGGCUAAAUGUUGUACGUACUUCUUGGUUUUGCCAGCUUUAGUAGAGAGUUACGAGAAGUUUGACUUCAACAAAUGAACAUUAUCAAAGAGUAUUUUUCAAAGGGCCCAUGCGAAAUUUUGGUUAUACACUGGAAGUUGUAAGGUUCAUUUAAACGAGAAAUUAAUAUGUCACGUUGCCAGGAGGCAAGCUUCACUGCCAACACAGGCACACACUCCCUUUGCCUCGAGUAGCAUUCCAAGCAACGUUCCUUCCCCAAGGCGUUAGCUGUGCUCCCUAAAGGGUUGCAGAAAAUUGCCUCUUCCUCUUUACAGUCAUUCUCCCUCUCAUUCCCUGCCAAGGGAGGGCGCAUCCCAUUUACGUCAUAAACCUUGCCCCCUGUUUUGCUUCGCAGUGCUUUUCGAGUUGCAGUUGUGCACCCGAGUCGCAUCUGACGUCGAGAUGUUCGUGCGCAUGACCUUGAUUUAGCUCCAGCAGGAAGUGGGGCUUCCUUGAUAGGAAGGGUUCAUGGGCUUUUGUUUGAAAUGUCGGCUGUUCCCACGCCGGUUAAGCAGCGAUACUUUUAAAGUAUUGUGUGUGGGCUCCUGAUGUCCAAGAGACUUUCAAGGCAGUCCCUGUGCUUUCCAUGGCAAUGAAAGGAAAGUUACUGGGGUGGAGCAUCUGCGCAUGUGUUUGCUGAAGUGCCAACUUUUUGGGCAGCACUAUGACAGCUCGCUUGGUUUCUCGGAAUAAGUGCAACUUCCAUGUGCAACGGAUUCGAAUUUGUUUAGGCAUGAAAGGGAAGAGCAAAAAAAAAAAGUGUCUGAUUUUGCUUUGUAAAUAAGAUUUUUUUUUUUCUUUUCAUCCCCUUAAACUAAUGCAGAUCGGAAUGUGGGACUCUUCUCGGGUUGUUCUUAGUUGCGUGUGCUUGGCCUCUGUAGCUUUCCCUUCAUUGCCACAGAAUGCUGUCUGCGAGUGUAGCUCCUCCUGACGCCGCAACUUGCACAGCAUCUGCUCAGGAACACCUAAUAGUUUAUCACUUGACAAGAAUUGCAUCACAAAGGAAAAAUAAAACUUGUGCUUUUUUUUGCAACAUUUUGAAAUAUGAAAAAAAUACUGAAAUUCAUGAUGCUAGGCUUGAAGCGGUAUGGGGGGGGGCAGCAGAAUGAAAGGACAAGCAUUCACUCUUCGUAGUUUGUGUCUGCUACGAAUGAGCUUGGUCACCGAUUCACGAAGAACAACUUGAGCCACAUUUGCAGUGUGUACGAUAGUGUUGGUUCUGCUUGGUCAUGGCUGCAAUACCGGAAUGCUGAGGAUGAUGAUGAAUGAUAGACUCUCCCAAAUUAUUUCACGUGUAACACGGGCUAUGACACGAGAAGUCCAUGAAUAUUUUCUGCCAAAUAUAUACCUGCGAACUCUCAUUUUGUGGGCAUUCAGUUUGUGGAAUUAAACGCGGCAUGGGCCUCAAGUUUUUACCGUGCCGACAGGACGCCUUCGGCUUCUGUGCAUUGUCGGAGAGUAUACAAGUGUUGUCGCAGGUCAAAGGGCUAACUGCUAGCGAAGCACUCUCUGACAUUUUCAAAGAAAUGUAACGAAACGUCGUUUCUGAGCAUGUACAAGAAAUACUUUUUUUUAACGAGUGUACAUUUUCAGAGUUUUACUUUGCACACUAAUUUAACAGUGUUGCCACAUGUUAGUUUUCAGGGAAGGCUGUUGAAGUUUCGUAUGUUGUGCACCAUUGAAAUGUGAUUCGUUUGUCAUGUAAAUGGAAUGUCAUCUUUUCAGCUGUAAAUACAACAUUGUGUGCACAUGUCUCACUAGUUGUGUGCUCACUUUUUUUUUAGCUCCUAUAAACAGGCGCAAUAAAGUUUUGCUGUUUA